CUGAAAUUUGUGAAAUCUAACUCAUGUAUUGUAAGCUAAGUUAGUCUUGUACUCUUGAAGUUAAAGCAGUCAUCAUGCCACUGUGUCAGGUGAAAGGAUGUGGAAAUCGGAGUGGCCAUUUGUUCAACAAGAGCAUGUUCUGUAUACCUGAUCCUAUAAAACAGAGGGAUAGAUGCGAGAAAUGGCUGAACUUUUUGGGAAGAGAAAAGUUGCUUCCAAUUGAAGCUUAUGAAAGCUUGCACAACAGAUCGAGAGUUGUGUGUGAAGAUCACUUUGCACCAGAGAGCUAUGAAGUGGAUAUGAGAGCCAAAAUCAUGGGCUAUAAACCAAGGAAGAAGCUGAAGCCAGAUGCCGUCCCUACCAUAGCAGCUGUAGUAGAACCCAAAAAGCAUAGAUCUAAAACUAAAAGGAAGAAGAAAAAAUCAAAGGUGGGAAAGGCAGAAAAUGCAGUCACAGAAGCACCAUGUGAGGAGCCCUUUAUCCCUCCUCUUUUCCCUUCUCGUUUACCAUCGAAUGAUGAGCAGGAAGAAGAUGGAGAUGAAUGGAAUCAUAACUCAAGAAUGGAGAGUGAAGAAGAGACGGACAGUACUUCACAGUGUACCGUGGUUGAGGGUCAUGAUUGUGAUGUAGGACCGUACUGCAAAGAAGCCGGGAUAUCUGCUGCAGACAUUUCAUCUCACUUCCAGGACAUACUGCCCUUGCCGACCAUCAAGAAUGGUCUCGUGCUCGAAGUCAUAGAUUAUCUGCAGAGGAAAAAUAUGUACUGCCCCAAGAAUCUGAUUAAAGACCUGAAAAAACUAAGCGAUACUCCGGACCUUAGCAAUGGGAAUGUUGGGGGUUAUGUCAAGCGGCUGAUGGAAAGAAGAGACCGGAUAGAAAUAAACACAGAGAACGGAAAAGGUAAUCUUCAGUAUUUGUGUGAGGAGGAAUCCAUGAUGACAAGGCCGAAGACUGUCACAAAAACGAUUAAAAAGCAUGAAUCCCCAAGAACGACGUCGUUGCAUAAAAACCUUCAGCUGGCCAAGAAGCAGAGAGAUGAAACAUGGAAGUGCCUUGACGUAUUGGAGAAAGAUAAUCAACGCUUGAAGCAGCAGAACAAUAAUUUGUCAAAGAGAGUGUUACAACUCACCACAGAGAACAGGGAACUGAGGGAAAUUGUAAGCAGCUUGCAGGAGCAAUGCAGUGAAUUGCAGCAGUUCAAAAUAAAAUAUGUAGAUUUGGAAGAGAAGUGUAAAAAACAUCCAGAAAUUGACAUGGAGUAGAUUGUCAACAAACAUAACUUCAAUAUUUGCUUCACGAGACCAAUGACCUACCCUUCUCAGUAAAUUUUAGUCCACCAUUGUUAAUGAUGCUGCUAACUAUAUUAAGAAUAUGUGAUGUUAAAUGAUGAGGAUGUCCCAAACGCCGACAUUUUCUUAUGCACCUAAAUAUAAAGAUACACCAUGACCAUAUAUCUAUUAAACAGACAUUGUGUGCGUGUGUGUGGAAGCAUAUUCUUCGAGAAUUAGCUCGGCUAAGGCUGACACAAGUCCAGUGAAUCCAGUGUUCUAACAUUAAAGACUGGUAGUCCCAUCAGAGGGGAAGUUCACCCUAACAAAAAAAGUUUAUUGUAAAAAAAGCAAAAAAGUAUUUAAAAAAAAUAUUGCUUAA